UGGAAGAAAUAAAAAGCGAAGAUUGGCCCUGUUGAAAAGGAAAAAAUUGGGGUUUCUGGAGAAAGAUCCACAAAGGAACUGACAAUGGCGUCGUCGAAAGGAGGACCAGCCAUCAGGGUGCCGGAGAUGGAGAAGAUGAGCUUGGAACAGCUGAAAGCACUGAAGGAACAGGCGGAUUUGGAAGUGAAUUUGUUGCAAGACAGCCUUAACAACAUCCGCACCGCCACCGGCCGCCUCGAGAUUGCAUCGUCCGCCCUUCACGAUCUCUCCCUCCGUCCUCAAGGAAAGAAGAUACUGGUUCCGCUCACUGCAUCGCUCUAUGUUCCUGGUGCUCUCGAUGAUGCUGAUAAAGUGCUCGUUGAUAUCGGUACCGGUUACUUCGUUGAGAAAACAAUGGCUGAAGGAAAAGAUUAUUGUGAACGGAAGAUCAAUUUGCUCAAAUCGAAUUUUGACCAACUUAUCGAGGUAGCAUCUAAGAAGAAAAGUAUAGCAGAUGAAGCUGCAAUAGUGUUACAGGCAAAAUUAAAGCAGCUAUCCCCCUCUUCAAAUUAGAAAACCCCAGGAUCCUGUAGUAUCUCAUCAAUCAUGAAGACUCAAACAUCUUUGAAAGUCCAGCUCAUAACGCAUUUCCCAUGCUAAGUAAUGUUGUCUGAGUCCCAGCACUUUUCUUUAUUGUGGUUUGAAAUGGUAUGGAGGGUGACUGAUUAGCGCAGCCUUUUAGGUCGAUUUUGUUCCAUUUCAGAAAGGUUAUUGCUAUGAUAUGGACAUGUCUGAUAAAUUUAGGUUAAUGGAAUGGUGUUAGUUUGUAUUUUUAUUCUGUUGAAACGUAAGAGGCUAUAUUUUGCUAGCUUUUUGAAUACUGAUGGUGUUGAAUGAUCCUUUUUUUUUUUCACUGAGUGGAAUUCUUCUAAGUCAUCCCAAAGGCAAAGGGGUAGGGAGUGCUAUUGACAGGGCGCAGGUUAAGAGUAAGAUAAGAGUAAGAUUAUAGUUGGUGUACCUUUUUUACCAUUAAUUUUACAUUAAAAAAAUUAAGUUGGA